UCUGGUCAAGUUCAGUGCGUCGGUCUCCGGACCGGACGGACGCUUCUUAUUGGUUUGUUGCGGCGGUUACAUCACGCCGCUCGUGACGCGCACGUCUUCCUACUUCCUUCGUGCGCGUCUUAAAGUGAAUCUUUUAGUGGCGGAGGAGCCGCUGCAGCAUCCAGACUCCGCAUCCAGUCAGACGCUCAGUCGUGCGCUCCGCGGCACCGGACACACGGAGACACCGACGCACGAGCUCUUUUCCCUCCUCUUCUUCUUUUCUCUCAACGUUUUCUUGAUUUUAUUCCAACCGAAUCAUCACGUCCGUCACCCAGCGGCCCGCCGUCCCUCGUCUCUUUUUGGAGUCCAGCGUGUCCUCUCUUCAUCAUAAAGGGUAACCGGAGGCUUUGAUCGGCGAGGACGGGCUUUGCGGGAUAUGGCCCUGUAGCAGCAGCCCGUGAUGCCGGACCAUGACAGCGAGUCCCUCCUGAACAGACAGACCAAACGAAGACGUGUGGACAUUGGUGUAAAGAGGACCAUUGGCAGCACCGCUUCCUCCACGGCGACAGUAACCACCGAUAACAUUGCCCGCGCCAAAGCAGCCAUUUUCAGUGCCAUGAACUCUCUGAGCUCUCACUCUCACCACGGAUCAGGCGCCGACUCCAUGGAGUGCUCUGUGGUGCAGCCGCAUGGCGGGCCUGGUGUGGUCUCAGCCAGCGACAGCGAGUCCAAGUCCAAUGUGCUCCGGAAGCUUUUAAAGAGGACUAAUUCAUAUGAGGAUGCCAUGAUGCCCUUCCCUGGCACCACCAUCAUCUCACAGCUUCUCAAAAACAACAUGGCAAAAAAUGGAGGCGGGCCAGAAAGACGGAACAGAGGUGAGAGAGGGGACGGUGAGCUUCCACGCUCGGUGCUGUCCAGCGCAGGUUCGGAGGCCCCGCAGGACGACGCCUGUAGUAACUCUUCCCAGGACAGCACCCCUCAGGAGUGCCUGUCACCAUUUGGCCGUCCUCCUGGCCUGGCAACCUUUGACAUAGAACGUCUCAAUGAUGAACACCUGCGUGCCAAGCGGGCCCGCGUUGAGAACAUUAUUCGUGGUAUGAGUCAUUCACCCAGCGUAGUGAUACCAGCUGCUUCUCGUCACGAGUGUGACCACGAUAUGGACGAACGGGACAUGGAGCUCGACUGUCCACCUCCUCAGUCCCAGCAGCAGGCGCCCAGCAGCCCGCGGGGAGGCGAGAUAGGCAGCAGCAGCAGCCGAGAGAACAAGCGUAAGCAGCGUCUGCCUCAGCAGCAACAGCAGAGCUUCACCCAGCUGGUGUGCCAGAGGAAGGAGCAGAAGCAGGAGGAGCGGCGGCAGCUGAAGCUGCAGCUGGAAGACAUGCAGAAGCAGCUACGCCAGCUGCAGGAGAAGUUCUUUCAGAUCUACGACUCCACGGACGACUCUGAACACAACGACUUGCACAACGACCUUCACAAUGACAUCGGAAACAUGUCCGAGGACAGUCCGGUGAGGUCUGACAAUGGCGGCGAUGACAGAGGAGGAGAUGACCUGCGCUCUGACAAUGAGAUGUCUGACUUGGACCCAGGCCAUUUUCUGGACAGGGCACGUGCAUUGCUUCAGGAGCAGGCCCUGUUGGCAGAUGGAGAGAAGCCCAGGCGAGAUGGCCUCGUUCGGGCCAAAGGGCAGGGAGGUCCAAGCAACUCCAUGCACACUGAAGGUAAACAGCUGGCAGACACGAAGCAGGAACUCAAUUCGGCCAUGACACAGGUAGUGGACACAGUGGUUAAGGUGUUUGCCAAACCUCCACGCCCCACGCCUCAGCAGGCCUUCCCCCCACUAUCCAUACCCCCUGAAAGAUUUCCCACUGCUGUCAACGGAGACAACCCCAACUUCCACACCGCCAACCAGAGGCUGCAGUGCUUUGGUGAUGUCAUCAUCCCUAAUCCAUUAGACACAUUUGCUGGCAUUCCAGGAAUGCCUGGAGCUGCCAAUGACCAAACCGAAGCACUGCCCUUAGUCGUGAGGAAGACGCCAAGUGAGCACCAUCACCAAUCCUCAGCUGUGGGCGCACAUGGCGGGCACCAUCACCCCUCCCUCCACCCCUCAUCACUCUCUGCCUCCAUGGGAUUCAGCCCCCCAUCCUUCAGACACCCGUUUCCCCUGCCUCUCAUGGGUUACCCCUUCCAGAGUCCCCUGGGUGCCCCUUCAGGUGGCUACACAGGCAAGGAGCGUUCCUCACCAGACUCAAUGGACUUGUCCCGAGAGACCACCAGCCUGAGGACAAAGAUGGCGUCAGGCCACCACCUGGGUCACCACCACCACCACCGUUCUUGUUCACCAGUGCACCCCGGCAGCACAGCCGAAGGACUCUCGCUGUCCCUCAUCAAGUCUGAGUGCAGUGAUCUCCAGGAUAUGGCCGACAUCUCACCCUACUCAGGCAGCAAUAUCCAGGAGGGUCUUUCCCCAAAUCACCUGAAGAAGGCCAAGCUCAUGUUUUUCUACACCCGCUACCCGAGUUCCAAUAUGCUGAAGAUGUUCUUCUCUGAUGUCAAGUUUAACCGCUGCAUCACCUCCCAGCUGAUCAAGUGGUUCAGCAACUUCAGGGAGUUCUACUACAUCCAGAUGGAGAAGUUUGCCCGGCAGGCCAUCAACGACGGAGUGACUGGCGCCGAGGAGUUGAGCGUCAGCCGCGACUGCGAGCUCUUCCGGGCCCUCAACAUGCACUACAACAAGGCCAAUGACUUUGAGGUCCCUGAUCGCUUUCUGGAAGUGGCUGAGAUUACACUACGAGAGUUUUUCAAUGCCAUUGUGGCCGGAAAAGACGUAGACCCAUCCUGGAAAAAGGCGAUCUAUAAGGUCAUCUGCAAACUGGACAGCGAGGUCCCAGAGAUCUUCAAGUCCCCCAACUGUCUUCAAGAGCUUCUACACGAGUAAAUCGAUUUUUUUUUAACUCUUCCUCUUCGCUCAACACUUUGUGAUUUAAAAACAAAAUACUUCUCUAGAAUUUCACAGUUCUAUUCUCUUUUGCUCGUUUUCCUUUUCCCUUGCUCCACUUUUUGAUUAAUUUUAUUUGUUGUUUUUUUUGUUGUUGUUGUUUGUUUGUUUUUUUAAUGUAUGAAAGUUAUGAAGUAGCAUUCCCAAUCUGAGGCCCCUGUGCCACUUCCGAAAUGAUCUAGCUAUUGUGUUGUCCUAAUUUUUUGAAAAUCUGAUUCUUCUUAUUUGUUUUUCUAUGAUUCUGCUGAACUGCAGAGACUCUAACCUAUUUUUUAUUUUUUUUUUUGGACCGUGUGUACCCUCACUCGUUUGGCCUGUUAAAAAGCAACACUAACUAAAUCCUCAAUGUGUGGCAGGAGUUCCCGAGUUCCCAUUUAUUCUUCUAAGAACAUAGGCCGGGUUCCAAAAAGGAGUCGCCUUUGACACCCGAGGGUGUUUCUCCAAUCCUACUGCAAAGUGGGUGCUUGAUAGACUGCGCUACUGGAGAUGUCCCAAACAGACUCGUGUACACACAUACACAAGGAGCUUUCUGACUGGACUAAGACUGGACUUUACUGGUCUCUGGGACUCUGAGUGGUUUCAAAUAGCUACUGACCUUUACCGUGUUUUGAAGUGUGAUUCCCCGAACGUAGGGCACUAUGCUUAUUGGGUGUACAUAAUUAUUUUGAUUCUUAUUAUUGUUGUUUAUUAUUUGUCAUCAAUGCUUGAUAAAGAUUGACAUUCAAGAUUUGUUUGUUCCUUGAUGCCAAUGCAGAU